UUUCAGAAAUGCGACCUGCCUGUCGCCAACUUUACAAUCGAGGCCUUUUAAUACAAUCCACUAAAACGUUUCUUAAUAAUCUUCUUCGUAUGUGUGGUGAUAGCGACAUUGAGAUACCACCCGAGCCCACAACAUGUUGCAUGUCCGGCUGUGCGAAUUGUGUUUGGAUCGAAUAUGCAGAGACAUUGUCAAAACUUUUCGCAGGUAACGACGAAAAGGCAAGACAAAUAAUUUUGAGUAAAAUCACCGAUCCAAAUCUAAAAAUGUUUUUAAGUUUGGAAUUAAGAAAUAUUGGGCAAAAGAAAGUCGAUGAAAAGAAGGAUACUACAGAAUCACACAAGGAUCAACAGCCACAAUAGCGCACAAAUAAAUAGAAAAUAGUAAAAUUGGAAUUUGAACAAAAUAUAUGUAUGUAUAUUUGCCUCCCCUAAUCCUAAGCUUAAGUAUAAUGGUAUUUUUUUUCAUGUUCAGUAGCUAAUAAAAUAGCAAAUUUUAAUAAUGAAAUAUAAAGACAACUUUUUAUGCGGUUUUGUUUGCUUGAUACUAAAUCGUGGUAGAGUACUAAAUUUGCCAUUCUCUGAAAGGCGUAAAUUGGAAAGAAAAGUCGAACGACUGAGUUAAAAAGGCGUAUUGUUGUCUCUAUUCUUGCAAGAAAAUGCUAGACAAGAGGUGUAGUAUACUUACGGUGACCAGAUUACUGCGGCCAAAAAUCGGGACAUUUCUAAA